CUCUGGAAUUCAGAAAUACAAGUAGGUCCUGUCUCUGGCAGGCUGCACCACGCUCUUGAGGGCGGGACCCUGGGCUCAUUCGACGGAAUCUGAAUCUGCUCCUGGCACUCUCCGUUUGUUCCUGCAGGUCUGACUCUUUUUGGAGGCUAUCGCGAUGGCCGACCACACUUCUCCAGAUUAUUUCAGCUGUUCCCUGUGUGUGAACCUGCUGAAGGACCCUGUGGCUAUCCCUUGUGGCCACAGCUUUUGUAUGGACUGUAUCAGUGGCUACUGGAAUGAGGCUGACUACACAGGGAUUUACAUUUGCCCUCAGUGUAAAAUCACAUUCACCCAGAGGCCGGUGCUGCGACCCAACGCCACCCUGAACAUGGUGGCUGAGAAGAUAAGGAAGAGCGGCCUCACCAACCUCAACACGUCCCAGGGGAACGUCUACGCCGGACAGAACGAUGUCCCCUGUGACUUCUGCUCUGGGAAGAAAUUAAAGGCUGUGAAGUCCUGUCUUAACUGUCUGGCCUCCUACUGCGAGAAGCACCUGAAGCCACACUACGAGUCGGCUACUUUCAAGCGGCACAAGCUGGUGGAUGAGCUGGGAAACCUGGACAGGAAGAUCUGCCCACAGCACCAGAAGUCCUUGGAGCUCUUCUGUCGCACAGACCAGAUGUGUAUCUGUGCUAUCUGCACAGUCAGUGAACACAGGGGCCAUGACAUUGUCUCUGCUGAUGCAGAACGGGGAGAGAAACAGAAACUUCUGGGAAUCUCCCAAGCUGAGAUUAAACAGAAAUGCCAGGAGAGGGUGAAGGAAUUGGACGAGCUGAAGACUGCAGUGGAUUCGUUGAAGAACUCGGCCCAAAGAGCCAUGGUGGAGAGCCAGAAGAUGUUCGAGGACAUGAUCCGCUCCAUUGAGAGGAUGAGGUCAGAGGUGACCAAGCUGAUCGGUAUCAACGAGAAAGCUGCUUUCAACCAGGCCGAGGCUUUGAUCGAGCGGCUGGAACAAGAGAUAGAUGAACUGAAAAAAAAGGAGUCCGGCCUCAAGCAGCUCUACAGCACUGACGACCACAUCCACUUUCUGCAGAACUUCAACUACCUGUGCACCCCCACCGAUGACGGCUUCAUACCCAGAGUGACGGUGAACCCUGACUUCUCCUUUGGCUCGGUCAGGAAAGCUGUGGCUGAGAUCAAAGACCGCCUGGAGGAGUUUGGGAAAGAGGAGCUGCUGAAGAUCUCCAAGUCAGUGAACGAGGUCCCAGUUUACACCACAGAAAGUCGAACAUUGGACAGAAGGAGCAGAGGCAAAGAAAUGGUGGACAACGCUCCCCCUUCUCUUCGGGAGCCAAAGGCCAGGGCAGAUUUUGUGAAAUACUUCUGCCAGCUGAAAAUGGACCCGAGCACAGCCUACAAGGAGCUGUACGUCUCUGAAAACAACAAAAAAGUGAUCCGCACCAGGGACCUGCAGCCCUACGGAGACAACCCGGAGAGGUUUGACAGCUUUGCCCAGGUGCUGUGUCGAGAGGCCCUGUCCGGAGGCCGCUUCUACUGGGAGAUCGAGUGGAGUGGGGAGUUCUCCAUCGGGGUGGCCUACAGGAGCAUCAGCAGGAAGGGCAAAGGCUCGCUGUGUCUGCUGGGCUACAACGACAAAUCCUGGAGUCUGCUCUGCUCCGACUCGGGCUACUCCGCCUGGCACAACCGGGUGGACGUAGCCGUCAGCGGCCCCCACUCGCCCAGGAUAGGCGUGUACCUGGACCACUCUGCGGGCGUGCUGGCAUUUUACAGCAUAGGCAACUCCAUGAGUCUCCUGCACAGGUUUGAGACCACAUUCGUUGAGCCCCUCUAUCCGGGCUUCGGAGUUGGAACCUCAGUCAAGAUCUGCAAUGUCAAGUGAACACCCUGAUAUUUCAGCUCUUAAUUAGAAAUUUUAGCUCUUUCAUGUGUUUUUGGAAUAUAUAUAUUUUUGCUAUAUCGUCAGACUGUACCAAACCACAUUGAUGAAGUUAUAUUGCUUUUUUUUUUUUAUUGUAUACAUCACAUAUUUUACAGUUUGCGUUAAAUCACAAUUAAAGGCUUUUUUUAAAUACAUUAUUGAAAUACAUAAUCACUACUUAAUUACACAAGAAAAAUAUAUAGUCUGAGCAGAACUACUGUAUAAUGUUAUUACAUGUCAGUAUCACAUUUUUAGAUGUACCCAUAUACUUUGUGCAGUAUAUCACAAGCGAUGAUUUGAUUUGGGGUCAUAAUGGAUGUACCCUAAGAUGAGGGACAUUUUAUUAUGAUUAUUACAUUGUGGUCAAAUUUCAUUGCAUAAGUCUAUUAAAGUAUAUUGCAUAUUGAGAUCAGUGUGAGUAAUACGGUAACAUUUGUUUUGGUGCAACUGGAUUUUUUAGUAUUAUGGUUCAAACUUUAAAUACAUUCAGAGACUAUUUCUUGUUCAUUUCAUUUUGUAAUUUUUUGACAUUAUCGGAGUGGUGAGAGUUUUUUCACUUAAACUAACCCUUGUUUUAUUUAUUGUAGGUUUUCUUAAUGUAAAUGUAAUGACAAUUUAAUUGAUACCGCAAAAGACUUGUUUUGUAAUAAUAAAGAUUAUUCGUUGGUCGCUCUAAAUAAAGAGCUAAAUGAAUAAAUUAAUUUUGGUGCUCAAUAAUGAUCUAUUCCUACCAAAGAAUAUAAAAUGACCAGGUGGCGUCAUAUCUAUAUUGACAAAUGAACGGUCUAACGAAUUAGAGAAGUUAUGGAUAUUAAUGACAGGUCUACUUUUGUUUGUGCUAAAGAAUAGUCAAAACCUUUUCACAAGUACCUGUAUCAGGAAUGAUGCAAUUUAUCCUUUUAAAGUAUUUAACUGGUAUGUUAAACAAAUUAACAGGCUAGCGGCUCCGAAACACAUCACAGCACAUCCUGAACAUUGACAAUACCGACGGCUCCCUCUGUUGCUUGAUAACGGGAACUGAACUGUAAUAACCACUGUUAUCGUUAAUGGGAGUAUAAUCAUUAAAUGAACCAUCAAGCUACAGUCAAGUGUUAACAUGUGACUGCAUAUCUGCAUUAUUAGCAAAAACUAACCUUAAAUAAAUCGAGACAUUUAGGCCUUUUAAAAUGGACAAAAGGACACCAUACUGUAUUACGAUAGACCAGAUAUCCAAAACCAGCUCAUGUAUAUUUACAUUCAAAUGUAAAGCUCUACAUUGAUUUUUAGUAGACAAUCAUGUUCAAGACAGGCGCAAGUAGUUAUCCCAGCAAUCCAAUUUUCACAGGAAUGAUGUGUUCAAGGUGCAUACUACUACAUAAAGUAAAACCCAUUUGGGGUAGUGACACAUGGAGUUUAUCUAAUGGCAAAAGUCUUUAUUUCUCCACAUUUUUCCGAGUGGGAAAACUACACGUUAGCAGCAACAACCUCCUUGUUGUCCAACAAUGAACAAUUAGCACCCACAAUACCAAGCUCUUGAAUUGGCCAAAAAAGUUCAGUUCAAACUAGAGUGUUUCCUUGUGUGGUGUCAAAAUGUCUGAAAACAGCGACUACUAGAUGAAUACAAGAAAACAUUUGUCAAAUACAUGCACUUAUUAAAACAAAAAAAAAAAAGGAAUCACAACACAAUUGUUUUAACAAUAGACAUCUGUUUAUUGGUUCCCAGGAUUGUUGCAGGAAGUUGAGCAUACAACGCUCAAAUGAAAAAUAAGAAGCAUGACAGUCCAAAUUUCAGACAUCAUA